GUCACCGUUGCCUAUGCUGUCACAAAGCCAAUCAUACACAAUCUCUGAUCAUACAGGGAAAACGUAAACAAAAUUGUAGGUUGACCUAACCAAGUUGACAGAUACGUAGUGUUAUCAAAAGAAAGCGAUUAAAUUAUUAAUAUUAUAACAUCAAGUCUUUAUCAACUAGUGUAGAUGUGAUUUCACUAGGUUUAAACAGUGGAUUUCGCAAAGAUGUUGAAUGUGCGGGUAAACUUAUUCAAUGAAAGCGGCUUGGGUGAGCCGGAGCAAGACGCCAAUUCCGCCCUUACAGAACUGGACAAAGGAUUACGUUCCGGGCGUGUUGGUGAGCAGUGCGAGGCAAUUGUCAGGUUCCCACGGCUGUUCGAAAAGUACCCGUUCCCUAUCCUCAUCAAUUCGUCGGUGCUGAAACUGGCCGACGUGUUCCGGGUGGGCAUCAACUUCCUGCGCGUGUGGGUGCUGUGCGUGUUCCAGCAGAGCGAGAAGCACCUCGACAAAAUCCUAAACGUAGACGAGUUCGUGCGGCGCAUCCACAGCGUGAUUCACUCUAACGACCCGGUGGCGCGCGCCCUCACGCUCCGCACGCUCGGCAGCGUGGCGGGCAUCAUCCCCGAGCGCCAGCCGGUGCACCACAGCAUCCGCCGCAGCCUCGACUCGCACGACGCCGUCGAGGUGGAGGCCGCCAUCUACGCGGCCACGCAGUUCGCCGCCAAGUCGCGCACCUUCGCCGUCAGCAUGUGCAACAAGUUCUCCGACAUGAUCCGCGGCCUCGCCACGCCGGCGCCCAUGAAGCUCCAGCUAAUCCCCAUCCUCCAGCACAUGCACCACGACACCCUCACGGCCUCCAUGGUGAGGGAGCUGUGCACGGACCUCCUGCCGAGUUACCCCGCACGGGACUUUCUGCUCGUCACCCUCAGCGCCUUGACACAACUGGCGUCCGCCACGCUGGUGGACGUUCCCACGCAAGUGUCGCUGCUGCUGCACUUCCUCCGCAAGGAUCCUCAAUGGGAAGUCAAGAUGCAAGUGCUCAAAAACUUGCACCACUUGGCCGUCCAGGGACCCCACCUGUGGCCCACCGGAGCCGUCGAAGACAUCGUUAACGUCGCCUUAAAUACCCACCACCAAAAGAUUCUCAGCUUGUCUUUAGAUGUUCUCUUGGCGCUGGCCAAGUCUUCUGCAACAUGCCAUUCCCAACUUCACAUGAAGUCGCUGCUGAUGGAACUGUGUCAGCAGAGUUGUUACUCUAGCAAUCCAGUGAUAGCUUCGAAAGCAGCACAGGUGAUGACAAGAAUUGUUAGUUACCGAACCAAAGAAGACACAAGUGUGGAUGGAGUAAGUACGGUUGUCAACACCCUAGAAUCUCUGUUUCUGCUAGUGAUGUGCGACUUGGACAAAGACCACAUCAGAGAGCUGAAGGUGUGCCUCCAGUGUGCCGUAAGUUUAUGCAGCAUGCACCAAGACUUUUGCCCUCGCUUUGUGGAGCUCAUUGGAUCUCAACUGGAAAUAUCUUCAGGGAGCUAUAGUUCAUUAUUGUGCGAGGCCUUGGGUGCUAUUGGUGGGCACAACUCGGAGGCAUUGCACCCCCUAUUACCAUAUAUUCUGGACAAGUUGCGAGCCCCAGACACAUUACAGUUGCACACCAAGGUGAUGCUUUGUACUCUGGUCUUCCAGAGUUUUGCUGGCCACGAGUGGAGCAUCGAUGCAAAAAAAGUAAUAGAGGGUGUCGUCAAAAACAAUAACCUGUGGUUCAACUACAGAAUCGCAAGGUGUGCCGCUCGCUACGGACACUACGGUGUGGCCGCGCCGAUAUUCGGUCAGCUGAAGGACAGAGUCUCCUCGGAGCAUCUGCACUUCUGGCUGGCAGCCCUGGAGGACAUGAGUCACGGGGAGGCGGAACUCGUCGACCAGUUGAAGCAACCGAUGCUAACACAGCGUCUCUGCCAGGCCAUCGUGCACUACAACAAGGCAUUUGCCGCCCUGAAGGCGGCCAGCACUCCCUCGCACGGUCUGCAGUUCCAGUGCGAGUACGUCCGCCUGCGAGCAGAGUUCCUGCAGUGCGCAUGUCAGCUGGCGUACUCGUGCAAUAGCUUGUGCACAGCCCCUCCCCCGGCCGUGGCCUCCGUGCUGGCCAACAGCACCCGGGACCCGCUCCAGCGCCACGGCCACGUCACCAACCAGCUGCGCAAGUGCGUGAAGGAGCUGCGGGCGUGCGCGGAGCUGUACUGGAAGCUGUAUCAGACGGCCUUCGAUGCGGACCCUGCCUCCCUGGCCAACAUGCAGCUUCUGCAGCAGAUGUGCCUGCUGCUAGCACACGGCGUGGAGCGGGUGGCCCAGCCCUCGUGCCGAGAGGGCACGCCACUGGACCUGGCGCUGCAGCACUCGGGCUUGGAGACACGGCACAUGGUGAGGAGCUGCCAGGAGGCGGGUCGCCUGGCGGACCUGUACUGUGCCGAGCACGACGGCAGCAGCCUCACGCACCGCUUGGUCGAGGGGCUGGUGCAGCAGGCGGAGGUGCUGUCCGAGUCCUCCUUGUCUCUGCCUCGCUUCUUCUUUCAGGUGUUGCAGUGCACCAGCGUGAAACUAGCCAUCUCGCCGCAGCCACGAGUGCUGGGGGAGCCCAUCGGCGUGCAGAGCGGCUCGCAGCUGGCCGUCAAGGUGGAAGGGGUGAUCCAGCACGGCAAGCGACCCGGCUUGUUCCGCAGCAUCGGCGGCGUGGUCAUCACGGUGUCGUCCCAGCUGCAGACCCGCUCCGGCCACCCCCAUCCCGACGCCAAGGCCCCCGCGGACCCGGGGUCGCUGCUCACCAGCACGGUGACCCCGCACCGGGACUUCUUCACCGCGCAGUUCCUGCUGGCGUUCCCCGUGGGCGGGCAGUACCUGCUCUCCGUGGAGGCGGCCGUCGUGGACGAGAGGAGCAACGUGUGGCGCACCGGGCCGCGGUCCACCCUGGCCGUCAAGUCGCACGAGGAGGGGGGCAAGGCGGGCGGCGGGCGGGGGGCGUUCAGCGCGUGGUCGCAGUCCGACAAGAAGAGCAGCCCCGCGGCAGAGGGGUCCACGAGCAGAGCAGGGCUCGUCUGACGUGCUCUGCCUUUCAAACAUGGUUUGGUAUUUCAGCAAAUGUAAUGAAUACAGACAAGUUAAUAUGUGUUA